UCAAAUGUGAUGACUGGUGUAGUGUGGAUGUGUGAGUACGUCAAUCUUUCGUACCUACGCCUUUCCGUGAGGCGGCUGGAGCAGGAAAUCGCCGAGCCGUGCUGCAGAGAGGAAUUGGAGCUGCAUUGUUCAGCAGAUGUGUUGUGCUGCUGGUAUGCUUGAGCUCAAAAUUUUCCAUGUGGACAGACUGCUUGUGCUCCACACAUGGCUUUCCCAAGACUUGGACCCCCUGCAAUCACCUGGAAUCAUAUUUAAAUUGGAAAGGAUGGCAGGUGGUGCCGCGGUGAACACUCCCAACACGUGCAGGAGGAAACAGCGGCGGGAUCUUUUUCCUUCCUCGCGGCCAGACGACGAGGACUGGCUUUUUCCUGCUCCUCCUGACACACUCACAAUUUACUGGAGAUUGCAGUGGCUCCAAGCCUUGGAAAUGGCAUGUGUGAAGCACAAGCAGUCUGUCUGCUUGGAUUAUUUUGACCAAGCACACCAAUUACACAAGGCAUCUGUUGAAGAAUACAGCUUCAAUUUCUGCAAAUAAACUAACUUCAGGUGCAUAUUACACAGCAUUUCUGUACUGGCCCAACUGUGUAUUAUAACUGGUACAGUGUAAUUUAAUUGUAGUGAAUGUGGUUGAAUGAAAUUCAUGACAAAAUAGUUAUUUAAUAAACAACAGAUCCUAAA